GUGCGGAGCCGGCCGCCACAGGGAGGCCGCGCCCAGCCGGGUGCCCACGGCCAGCGCCGCCUCCCAGAGCGCGUUCCCCCAGGCCCGGGCCAGGCUCCCGGGACGCGCCCCGGCGCAGGCAGCGCGCACGCCCGACGAAGCUUCAGAGCUGUUGAAACCAACCAACCACUGGAGGGAAGGAAAUCCAUUCUGCCUGGUUCUGGGGAAGGGGCCUCUUCUGGCCAUGUCUCCUGUAGCUGCUGCUGAGCCAGAUGGGGUCCAGCCAGACAGGAGUGUCAGCAAGGUCAUUUUCUUCCUUUUUGUCUUUGGUGCCAUCCUGUUGUGCGUGGGAGUCCUGCUCUCCAUCUUUGGGUUCCAGACAUGCCAAUACAAAACCUUCCCAGACUGCAGCAUGGUGCUGAAGGUCGCUGGGCCUGCCUGUGCCGCCGUUGGGCUCGGGGCUGUGAUCCUGGCCCGCUCCCGGGCACGGCUUCAGCUCCGGGAGGGGCACCUGCGAGGCAGUCAGGCGGACCCCGACCGAGCCUUCCUCUGUGGAGAGAGCCGCCAGUUUGCCCAGUGCCUCAUCUUUGGGUUUCUCUUCUUGACAAGCGGCAUGCUCAUCAGCAUACUUGGCAUCUGGGUCCCUGGAUGUGGCUCCGACUGGGCACAGGAACCCCUGAAUGAGACAGACACUGCCGACGUGGAGCCCCAGAUCUGUGGAUUCCUAUCCCUGCAGAUCAUGGGACCCUUAAUUGUACUCAUGGGAUUGUGUUUCUUUGUGGUUGCCCAUGUUAAGAAGAGAAACAACUUGAAUGUGGGCCAGGAGGCCUCUGAAGCUGAAGACAGACAGAUCCAGAACACAGAGCCUGUCCAGGUCACUGUAGGUAGGUGGCUGUCAUUCCUAUGCAUGCUCAUAGCACAGUGGCUGUAGCAUCAAGGCUUCACCAGGCUGCCCUCGGGUCUGGCCCAGAGUCUCUCUUUUUUGUGUCUCUCUCUUACACACAUGUGCACGCAUACGCACAUGUGCACAGUCCUGCUGCUGUGUUAAGCCCUGGAAGAGUCCUUGUACACCUCAUCUCCUCCCAGCAAUUCCUUAUUAUUUAGCAAAAGCACUGGGACAUUAAGUUGUGACCUUGACUGAGGUCACAGAGCAAAUUAAGAGGAAAGUGACAGAAAC